AUGCUUAAAGCUAAAUUGUGGUUGGUGCGUUUCAAGAAACAAACUCCCUUGGAUGCUUUUGAGUUUUUGAAGCUCCAUAAGGUUGAAAAGCCAUUCGAAAGCUCAGUGUUUCCCGUGUGGCAACAAUACGUCGAGAGCAGCAUCAAAAAUACUAAACAAUCAUUGCCCCAAGUAAUGUUUGAAGCUAUGGUUGAUGCUUACAAAUCUGAAAGUAAACUGUCAAAGAUUCUGGUUGAAGCGAAGACUUCAAGCAACAUCGCCGAAGCGAAGACUUCAAGCAACAUCGCUGAAGCAAAGACUUCAAGUACCAUCGCUGAAGCAAAGACUUCAAGUACCAUCGCUGAAGCGAAGACUUCAAGCAACAUAGCCAAAAAUAUCCUCGAAUAUCAGACUGGUAACUGGGUUGGAUCUCAUUUGUUGCCAAAUCAAGUUUUUAAUUUAUUGGAAUUAAGGCAACUAGGGAAUCCUAAAAAGUUGAGCACCAUUGAGGAAUGGGGACGUGUAAAGCAACGUAUCGACUUUAUCAAGGCAUCGGACUUGAAGGAGCCAUUCAAGAUGAUGAGGGAUACCUCAUCACUGGGAGCAGUAUCAAAAUUAUCGAAACCAGUCGAUCUGACUGAGGAUCCGCUUGGACAGCUUUGGAUCAACCACGUGUUAACGUUAUCGCAAAAGGGCUAUACUGGCAAGUCUUACGAGCAUUACAAGACUUUUAUCUCAAAUGCCAUACUGAACCUCAAACAAUCAGUCUCUCCGAAAGCGGCGAUUUAUGUGAUGAUGCGGGUCAUGGAGAAUCCAAAGAAUUAUUUUUUGAACGCGGGUAAGCAAAAGAUGGAUCUUGGUUCGUUUUUGAAGACAUUUCAGCCGGAGAAACCCAUGGAAACAUCUGGAUGA